ACGGCCGGGACCGGACGACAGAGACUCAGACGGUGAGUUGGAUUCUUCCUCCUCGUCAGGGCGGCGGCAGGAGGCGGGUGGAGCUUACAGGGAGGACCGGCUGGGACUGAAGCCGCCGCGGGGGACCAGGAGCCCGGUGCGCUGCUGCCGCUGUGACCGCUGACAGCCUGGACAUGGAGCUGGAGAACAUCGUGGCCAACACGGUGCUGCUGAAGGCUCGGGAAGGAGGCGGCGGAAACAGAAAAGGAAAAAGCAAGAAAUGGAAACAGAUGCUGCAGUUUCCCCACAUCAGUUUGUGUGAAGAGCUGCGACAGACCACAGAGAAGGACUACAGCAGCCAGUGUGAGAAGCAGCCAAUCGGACGCUUGCUCUUCAGACAGUUCUGUGAGACGCGACCUGAGCUGAGACGCUGCGUCAAGUUCCUGGACGAUGUGGCCGAGUACGAGGUGACGCCCGACGAGAAGAGGAAGGAGUGCGGUCAGGAGUUCAUGGACAAAUACUUCAACCCGAAGUCAGACGACCAUGUGCCGGAGGUGGAGGACGCCAUGAUGGCUCAGUGCAGCGAGCGGCUGCAGCAGGACGCCUGCAAGGAGCUUUUCAAGGACUGUACCAAGUUGAUCCACGACUUCCUGAGCGUGGCGCCCUUCGCUGACUACCUGGACAGCAUGUACUACAACAGGUUCCUGCAGUGGAAAUGGCUGGAGAGGCAGCCGGUGACGAAGAACACGUUCCGACAGUACAGAGUCUUGGGGAAAGGAGGUUUUGGAGAGGUGUGUGCGUGUCAGGUACGAGCCACAGGGAAGAUGUACGCCUGCAAGAAGCUGGAGAAGAAGAGGAUAAAGAAGAGGAAAGGAGAAUCCAUGGCGCUCAACGAGAAACAGAUCCUGGAGAAAGUCAACAGCAGAUUUGUUGUGAGCCUGGCGUACGCCUACGAGACGAAAGACGCCCUGUGCCUUGUGCUGACGCUCAUGAACGGAGGAGACCUAAAGUUUCACAUCUACCACAUGGGCGAGGCGGGUUUCGACGAGACGAGAGCCGUCUUCUACUCGGCGGAGAUCUGCUGCGGCCUGGAGGACCUGCAACGAGAACGCAUCGUGUACAGGGACCUCAAACCAGAGAACAUCCUGCUGGACGACCUCGGCCACAUCAGGAUAUCAGACCUGGGUUUGGCGGUUCAUGUUCCAGAAGAUCAAACCAUCAAGGGCCGGGUGGGAACAGUGGGAUACAUGGCUCCUGAGGUGGUGAAGAACGAGCGCUACACCUUCAGCCCGGACUGGUGGGCGCUGGGCUGCCUGCUGUACGAGAUGAUCGAGGGCCAGUCGCCCUUCCAGCAGAGGAAGAAGAAGAUCAAGAGGGAGGACGUGGAGCAGCUGGUGCGGGAGGUGGAGGAGGAGUAUUCCAGCAAGUUCUCUGAAGACGCCCAGUCCCUCUGCAGGAUGCUUCUCGCCAAAGACCCCGCAGAGAGGCUGGGCUGCCAGGGGGGCGGAGCCUCGGAGGUCAAAGCUCAUCCCAUCUUCCGCUCCAUUAACUUCAAACGCUUGGAGGCCGGGAUGCUGCAGGUCCCGUUCAUCCCUGACCCCCAGGCGAUCUACUGUAAAGACGUCCUGGACAUCGAGCAGUUCUCCACAGUUAAGGGUGUCGAGCUGGAGCCGAAAGACGAAUCAUUCUACAGCAAAGUGUCGACGGGAAGCAUCUCCAUCCCCUGGCAGAACGAGAUGAUUGAGACGGAGUGUUUCACUGAGCUGAACAUUUUGUACCAGGACGGGACGGUCCCCCCCGACCUCGACUGGAGAGGUCAACCGUCUCCUCCCCCCAAACAGGGACUCCUGCAGCGGCUGUUCGGCUCGGAAUGCUGUGGUAACUGCAGCGACAGUGACGAGGAGCCCACCAGGCUGUGACACACACACACACACACACACACACACACACACACACACACGCACACACACACACACACACACACAGGAUCUUAUUUGUUUACAACUUUUGCACAUUUGUAUUUUUAAGAUAGUUCUAUCUCUAAAAGUCAGAAUGUAUAUUUUCAUCAUUAUUUAAAUCGUGAAUCGUCGUCGCUCAGGAGACGGAAACAAGAUGAACCUUUUUUUUUUUUCCUAUUAAUUUUUUGUCCAGGGAAGUUUUUUUUCUUCCUCCUCAUUCGUCCACACAUUUCCACGUUAUUGAACCAGGAGCUGCCGCUCCACUGGACCAAUGGCCUGCUGUAGAAGUGCCUUGCUCGUGGGCACCGUGGCAGAGGGGAGGACUGAGCAUUGAUCUCUUUACGCUUUCCCACUUUGUCCGUGAGGCUCAUGAACUGUGACCACUUGACUUGCUCCGCCCCCGUCCUGCUGUGGCAGAACUCGCUCUCUUCUCUCGUCUCUUCCACUGGACGUUUGAGGAACGUGACGUCAGAACCAGGAAGUCGACAUCUGCAGAUAUUGUUUAUAACCACGUUGUUUUAUUUCAUCAUGAAAUGUGAGAAUCGAUCUCUGCGUCAGUUCGUCUUCAGGGACUCGUCGGCUUAAAGUGAAAAACACCUUUUUUGUUCAUCCUUCAUUUUCAGCCCCAGUUUCAAUAAUCAUAUUAUUACUCAACUCAAUUAACUGAAUCUUCAAACUAUAAUUAUGACGCUGUGGUUGAUUUCGCUCCAGUUUCAGUCCACAAUUCUUUUGACUCAUAUGAGGAGACUGUGACCUUUGACCUCUGAAAUCGAAUCAGUUCAUCUGAGUCCAAGUGACAAGUGAUCAAAUGUGAAUAAAGUCCCAAAACGCAGACUUGAAAUAUGUUCAAGAGGCAAAACACCUGUGAGGUCAAACAACUUCACCUGAAAUCUGACCAACGAAUCUGAGUCCAAGUGAACAUUUGUGCCAAAUUUGAAAAGAUUCACUCGCUGUGUUUUUGAGAGAACGUGUUCACAAGGCACAAAGUGUUAGUGACGUCACUUUGACCUUUGACCUUUGCCCUUCGACCACCACAUUCUCAUCAUCUCAUUUGUGAGUUCAGGUGAACGUUUGUACCAGAUUUGAAAAUGUUCCCUUUAGGCGUUCUUCAGAUAUUUGAUUUACUUUCCUACAGAGAGAAAUUGUCGGGAGACGAGAAACAAAACUCAAACACAAGUUUAGUUUCAGUUUGUUCAGAUCAAACAGUCGUUGAAGUUCAAAGGAAAUCAGCACAUAACUUCUCAGGGUUUAUUCACGAUUUCAUUCACUGUUCCUUUGUUUUUCUUUGCUCUUGAGCUGAAUCGAUUCAUUAAGAUAAAACCCAGUCGAUCCCCGUCAGGACUCUGGUCACAUGAUCACCGUCACCGAGCCGACGACGGGACGAACUGAAGGUGUCGGUUGAAAUCCUGCGUCUCAUGAGGCCUCAGCUGGUUCUGUUGCAGUCGAUUCUUCCUCAAACUAUCUAUGGCCUCUGAUUCUAAGCUAAUAAAAUGAAAUACCUCUGAAUGUA